AUGGGAGCUUAUGCAAUCAAUCUAGGUGGUGGUUCCAUUACACAUGCAGAGUUGGCUGGUAUUGCGGAAGGAUUAAGGGUUGCUUGGGAGAAGGGGGCCAGGAAGGUAGUGCUACAGACUGAUUCAGCUGCAGCUCUCUCACUAUUUCAGUCGACGACCUCGUGUCAUCCGCAUUACACGAUGACUUCCACCAUUCGUCGGCUGCUGGAAAGGGAAUGA